GUUGCUGCUGUGCUGGGAACAGGAUGCUGUCAGGCCGAACAGACGCAGCGACCUAACGGGAGAGAUACCGCAGCAGCAGCAUCCUUUGUUUUCUGGAGCUGGACAUGCAGCUGUGAAAACUGCUGACAACCUGCAGCCCCUGGAAGAGAAGGGGGAGGCGUCCAAAUCAAGCAGCAAAAACCAGGAGCAUAACAACAACCAAUAAGCUCCAAUUUACGACCGAUGUGCCGGCCAAUAGGACAGCUCCAAACUGAUGGGGUGCUGAGCUGAGGAGAGAGCCGGAGCGAGGGUGGACAGGCAGCCGGGCUUUCCUUUCCCACCGUCCUCUGCGUCUCCAUCGGCCCUGUGGAAGCACUCGUCCACACCACUGCACCGUAACACCCUCAGAACUCUUUGUCCUCCUUCUCGCUCCGUCACUGCACUCGUUCUCUCUCUUUCUAUCCGUCUAUCUGUCCAUCAUGGUUGACGAGCAGGCGAUGCAGCACUUUAUCUGAGCACAAUCCUUCACCGCCCCCCCCCAGCCCAGAAUCCGGCUCAGUCCCACAGGCUCCUACAGGCCAUGAGGAGGGCCAGGGGCUUCAUCUCUUUCUAGACCUUCUCUUCUCCACCUUGUGUCUUCAUGUUUUGGGGGUCCUCUGUUGCCCCCGCCCUGUGUCAGCCACCCAGCACCCGCUGCCACCACGGCCGACCACCCCAGUCGCCUCGUUGCCAUGCCGACAGAGACACUGGCUCCAGCCCUGCCAGAUAGCAAGGCCGCUGGCCCCGCAACAUCGUUCAGCUCCGCUGUACCUCUCCGCAUCCUCAAUAAAGGGCCGGACUACUUCAGGAGACAGGUGGAACCCAACCCGAAGCGCCUCAGUGCUGUGGAGAGGCUGGAAGCUGACAAGGCCAAGUAUGUCAAGAGUCAGGAAGUCAUCAACGCCAAGCAGGAGCCAAUCAAACCGCCUGUGCUGGCAAAGCCUCCCGCCGGUCACCCACUUCUCAAGAGAGGCUCUGGGAUUGGUGGAGGAGGACAUGGAGGCGGGAUACCUUUCAAAGCAUCCAAUAACAACGCCAAGUCGGACACAUGUGCCGGCAGCGGCAGCAAGCGGGAGAAUUUAAACCUGGAGAUCCUCAAAAAUCUGCUAAACUCCUCGUCCUCUUCAGGAGCAGGACCUGAAGGACGAGGAGGCGGAGCUAAGAGUGCGGUGCUGAUGAGGUCAGCCAGGAGUUGGACACCAUUAGGGAUGCCGUUAACCUACCGGUCCACAAUGACGCUGAAUGAGCAACCUGCCGACUCAGCGCCCAGUCCGAGCACCUCACACUCCCUCCGCUCCUUCUCCCAUUCCCUGAAGGUCCCUCCAAUCAACAGCACGGGCCGCCGCAGUCCACAACAGGGAGGAAAUCUCAACCUGAGCAGACGAGUGCUGGACGAGCGGGGAGGUGAGGGAGGAGUCAAUGAUCGAUCUCGUUCCCCCCUGCCUCCACUGCUCACCUCCCACUCCCACUCCGAUCUCCUGCGCCUGUGCAACGGCAGGCCGCUCCGUACGGCCCGCUCCAGCAGCUCCUCUGCCCCGCCCCUCCCUCCAAAACCAAACCCCGCCUCCCUCCCUCCUCCCGCGCUUUCCUUGUCUCUGCCUCCCCCACGUCCGACUCCCUCCCCCUCGCUCUGUGACAACACCACCCCUCAGUCGCUGCCUCGUGAUUUCGCAGACCCUUCCUUUACUUCCGCCGAGCCCAACCUGGAGCUGGGGCUCGGUUGUUCUGUGGCCCGUCGCUCGUCCCUGCACAGAUCCAAAUCAGACUUGUCCGACCGAUACGCCCGGGCCGGAGCCGACGUGGAACGCUUUUUUAACUACUGCGGCCUUGACCCCGAGGAACUGGAGGCAGUCGGUCCGGAGAACUUUGCACGGGCCAACUCGGACAUAGUGAGCCUGAACUUCCGAUCCGCUUCGAUGAUCUCCUCGGACUGCGACCAGUCGAGGCGAUCCUCCAACGAAGGACUGUCGGACGCCGACGAAGACGAGGAGGAGGAGGCCGGGGAGCGGGUACCGUACGGCAUCUCGGCUGUGGAGCGAAAUGCAAGAGUCAUCAAGUGGCUGUACAGCAUCAAACAGGCGAGAGAGACUCAAAAAGUGUCCCAUGUUUAGGAGGGAGGAUGGAAGCUCCGGAAGGUUGGAGACAAACCCAACGCUUCUUUAAAAAACUGACAGAUGGACAAGAUGUACUCACAGGUUUAGAGACUGUGACGGUGGGGCCGGACUGAAAAACGUGUUUCUAUGGAUGAAUGAAAUGAAUGGCGGGAAAAUCUGACAAAAAAAAAAAAAAACACAGAAGAAGACAGACAAUCUUUGUUUUUGAAAUAGAGAUCCUUUAAGGUUUAGAACUACAUGAACACUUCAGACGUGGACGGUCUCAUGAACAAAGUGUUGAGUUUUUCACACACAGACAAACAGGAGAAUAAAAAAAAAAACUACAUCAUGAAAUGUUUCUCCACGGACACAGUAUAAUUCUGACGGACAAAAUCUGUCAACUUUGCUUGAGCAACCAGAGCGAAAUGCACUACGACGAUGAAAAGAGGCCUGAAGAAAAGGCUUCACUGCAGAGGGUCAUCAUGGAUGUAUUUUUAAGUCCUGCGUUCCAAACUUAAAACCUUUAGGCUGCCGUGCCUGUCAGUGUCACAAGUAAUGCUACUAGGCUCACUGAAUAAACACAUUAAGGCCCUGUGUCCACCUAGUGUUUGUUUUUUUCUGAGCGCCAGAAUCUUUAAAAAAAAUUGUUUUCAAUGAGUUGAGAGUGCUCGCAGCAGCGUAGGGCAGAGCCCACUGUCUUUUUCCGAGCGCUCUGCCUUUUUUGUGCGGCCGCCUUUAGCACUUUAAGUUGAAAAUCUUUUUUUAACAAAGGUGCUGUUGAAGUCACUGGCGCUCUUUUCAAAAUAAACAAUAUUCCCUGUA